AUGAAUGACCAUGGGAAAAAUGCAAGUUCUGAAGGUUACUUUAUUCUACUGGGUUUUUCUAAUUGGCCUCAUCUGGAAGUGGCUCUCUUUGUGGUUAUCUUGAUAUUCUACUUGAUGACACUGGUUGGUAACCUAUUCAUCAUAAUCCUCUCCUGCUUGGACUCCCAUCUGCACACUCCCAUGUACUUCUUCCUCUCAAACCUUUCCUUUCUGGAUCUCUGCUAUACCACAAGCUCCAUCCCUCAGUUGCUGGUUCACCUGUGGGGUCCUGAGAAGAACAUCUCGUAUGUUGGUUGUAUGAUUCAGCUCUACUUUGUCCUUGCACUGGGAACCACAGAAUGUGUCCUUUUGGUGGUGAUGUCCUAUGACCGCUAUGCAGCAGUGUGUAGACCUUUGCAUUACACUGCCCUCAUGCAACCUCGUUUUUGCCGGCUCUUGGCUGUGGCUUCUUGGUUAAGUGGUUUGACUACCUCAGCACUUCAUGCCUCCUUUACCUUCUGGGUACCCCUGUGUGGACAUCACCGAGUGGAUCACUUUUUCUGUGAAGUUCCAGCCCUGCUGAGAUUGUCAUGUGUUGACAUCCGUGCCAAUGAACUGACCCUCAUGAUCAUGAGCUCCAUCUUUGUCAUUAUACCACUUAUUCUCAUCCUCAGCUCCUAUGGUGCCAUUGCCAGGGCUGUGCUGAGAAUGCAGUCAACCACUGGACUUCAGAAAGUCUUUGGGACUUGUGGAGCCCAUCUUAUGGUUGUCUCUCUCUUUUUCAUUCCAGUGAUGUGCAUCUAUCUCCAACCACCAUCUGGGAAAUCUCAAGAUCAAGGCAAAUUCAUUGCCCUUUUUUACACGGUUGUCACACCUAGUCUUAACCCUCUAAUCUACACGCUCAGGAACAAAGAUGUGAGAGGGGCAGUAAAGAGACUAAUGGGGCGAGAGUAA